GAUAACUGAGACCAGGCUUCAGCGCCUAUUUCAUUUCGGGAUGGGGAUCCUGGUAUUUCGUGCAUUACUUCUCAGCAUACAUGCGUUCCAUAAUCAAAAUUUUUUUUCCGCUGACGGAAACUUAGUUCAAGGUUGACCAAUUACGUUGUUUCUGCAGAUUCUAGAUGAUUUGCCGGGGUUUUUAUCUCUUAGUUACAUCAACUAUAAUGAGAGAAUCAUAUGUAAUCAUCCGCCCAAUAAAUCUCGGGGCGGGCAUGUGUUGGUUCGUACAUUAGUUCGACGGUUCCCCUCAAGAUCUUCAAUGUUCUAAGAAGUGUACGGUUGAUAAGAUAUAAACCAAUGAUGGCCCAGGAACCUUUACAUAUUGUGCCAGAUAACAUCUUAUUACAUUUGUACACGCGAUUUCUUCUUAAUAUUCCCGAUGAGUUGAAAGAAGAUUGUGCAAAGAAUUUCGUAAGAAUCUUUUUUGAAGUUGAGCGGGCUCAUUGGUUUUAUGUCGAUUAUUGUAUUGAAGAUCCUUCAGUUGGUGGUGUUGAUAUGUUCGGACUAACUCAACAAUUAUUUGAGAAGUUUCCUUCUAUUGUCCCCAGGGGUAUAAACUGGCAAGAAAAGUAUGUCGAAUGGAAGAAAUACCGUGGAUCCACAGCUACUGGGAGCAUGAUAAUUAUUGACGAACAUUACAAGAUGAUCUUGUUAGUCCAAGGAUUUUAUGGCAAUCGUUGGAGCCUACCUGGUGGCAAAAUUAAUCAAGAUGAAUCUCUUGUUGAUUGUGCUUCUCGUGAAGUAAUGGAAGAAACGGGUCUGGACUUAGCGAAUCGUAUCUUACCGUCCCUCUAUAUUGAUCGUUAUAUUGGUGGUACUUUAAGACGAGCAUUCAUUGUUGAAGGACUUCCCAGGACUUCUCGAUUGAAGCCUGGUACAAAAAACGAGAUUGAGGCUAUAACUUGGUUUGGGAUUGCUGAUUUGCCGACACAUAUACAAGAUAUUGCUACUAUGGAAAAAUUGAAUUCAAGACCGAACAACUUCUACCUGGUGAUCCCAUUUAUUCGGCAACUGAAACUGUACGUAGAACAACGACUGUCAGGCAAACCACCUGGUUUAGCGUUAUCUGAAUCAGAACGCCUUUGUGGUAAUUCUAUGAAUUAUUUUGUUAAUCUUCAACACAAUGCAAUAAACAGUCUGUCAAAUUUGAAAGUGAAUGCAACCAGUACCCCGUCCAAGAAGCAAAAAAAGAAUAAGAAAUCAAACACGUCAAAAAGUCCCAAUCAAUCUUUAUCUGAGGAUGGAAAAACUGGCGAAAAAUCGAGAAAUCGAACGAGUUCUAAUGUCGCUUGUAACUCCGAAUUUAAGAAGUGUGGGAAACACAAUGCCAAUUUCUCUUUCGUGUCAAUAGUGGACGGGAUGAUUGAGAACAACUCUAAUAAUAAUAAUGUUGAUACUGGUUUACAAAUGGUGUCGUAUUGGCAAUCUUUUCAGAUUGAUAGAAAUAAGUUAUUAGAAUGUUUAUGUAAUAGUGCAAAGUGAAAAGAUAUUUUGACAAUUCUUUUUAGAUAAAUGAACACAAAACUACUCAUUUUAUUUUGAGCGCUAAAGUAUUAUUUAUUCCUUUUAAAAGUAACCAGUCAAUAAUAUAUGCUUUUAUAUAUACGUUUGUACCUGAUGUUUAUAUUCCUGAUUUAACAAAAGUAUAAAUUAUUUUUUAACACAAA